AGAUACAAUUAGGUACAAAGAAUACUUGAAUACAGGUAGUUCGGCGAGUCAAAUUUCAUUUCCAUCGUCCGCGCGGUGGACAUUCGUCGUGUAAAAGUUAAUGAGUUCGGUUACAUUGUUAUUUGUGCAUAAACAGCAGUGAUCUCAGACCAAACAAAGUUGUGAACUCAGUGGUUACCGCGAAACAAAAUUAUCGCGGCAUCCGGCUAGUCGCCGACAGUUCGCGUAGACGCUUUACUAUGAAAUGAUAUAGUUUUGUAAUUGCAAUGAAUGACGACAAAAUGAGUUCAAACAGCGUUGAAGCAGAAUAUAUGGAUAUCGCCAACAGGAACGCAUGGCCUAUUAUCUAUCAGAAAAUUGGUCGGGAAUGCCAAACGUAUCCGUACACAUGUAUGGAGGCGAAGAAGCCGCAGAACAAACCACUCAACCGGUACAGGGAUGUCAAUCCGUAUGAUCACAGCCGCAUCAUCCUGAAGCGCUGUGAGCGAGAUUACAUCAACGCUAACUUAGUUAAGAUGGAGAAGGCCAACCGUAAGUACAUACUUACGCAAGGGCCUUUGGCAUUCACCGUGAGCCACUUUUGGUUAAUGGUAUGGGAGCAGAACAGCCGAGCGAUACUUAUGCUGAACAAGAUAAUUGAGAAGAACGAGAUCAAGUGUCACUGGUACUGGCCCCACGGCGUCGGGGAGAAGCACAAGAUGGUGUUGAACGACGUUAAAUUGACCGUGGUACAGAUAAGCGAAGAGGAUUGUAGUUACUAUUCCACGAGGGUGUUCAAAAUCUAUGACCUGGAGAGCUCAGAGAGCAGGGAGGUGGUCCAGUUCCACUACACCACGUGGCCUGAUUUCGGGGUGCCCACGUCCCCGCUGGCGUUCUUGGAAUUUCUGAACAAGGUGCGCUCGUCAGGAGCCCUGGGCCCAGACGUGGGGCCCGCCAUAGUCCACUGCAGCGCCGGCAUCGGCCGUUCUGGGACUUUCUGUUUGGUGGACUCUUGCCUAGUAAUUAUUGAAAAGGAGGGCCGCGACAGCGUAAAUAUACAGCAGAUACUGUUGGAGAUGCGCAAAGACCGAAUGGGCCUGAUACAGACGCCUGAUCAGCUCCGGUUCUCGUACCAGGCCAUCAUAGAGGGCGCUAAGAGGCUCGAUCCUGGCUGGAAAGAGGAUCAGAAAAUGGAAGAGAGUAUAUACUCAGCGGUGGCGGAAGAAAACGAGGAAGAAGCGCCACCACCGCCGCCGCCUCGUGGCGAGAGUCUCUCCCGCGCCCCCGUGCGGCCGCUACCCGCUAUACCCACGAGCACAUCCCUUGGCAACCUGAACUACGCGCGUCAGGAGUCGUCCAGUUCGGACGAGUGUCCACCGACGCCGCCCGCUCGCGAGUCUUCAUCCGCCACCUCGUCGCAGGCGUCCUCCGCUGACGAUGAGGAUGAUGAGCCGACACCAACACACAUUGACAGUGGCGACACCACGGAGGCACGUGACACGCUGCGCAGGCGCCGCACCCGCGAGCUAGCCGACCGCGUGUCCGCGAUGAAGCGCCGCGCCCGCGACGCCGAGAAGUGGCACGCAAUCAAGAGGUCGCUCUAUAAACCACUCACAAUCACUUUUGGCUUCUUAAUUGCCGGCAUUUUCAUUUAUUCAUAUGUCAAGCACUAGCCACAUUUAACACGUAUCUCCCAUCAAUAAUUUGUGUAAUUAUCACCAACACGAACUAUCCGAUUCAGUGAUUUGCUUUCGUCCGUAUUGAUACAUUUGCGAUGUUAUUUGUUUAUUCUUUUUUUUUUCUUUAUUUAGUUUACUAUCGAACUAAUUUUUUUUUUUUAUUUUAUUUUUUUUGUUAUCGUAAAUGUUGUUAAUACACGAAAGUCUAUUAUUGCAUUUGUUUAAACAGUAACCACCGUUGCUUCUUACAUAUUAAUUUCCGGCAGCUCUUUAUUGAUUUAAUUUCUAGUUAUUUAGCGUUUUUAUACUUAACAAUUUAAUGAUAUAUCAUUAAUAACUGAAGCGUAUGUGAUACGGUAUCAUUAAUGUAACUUUACACCAUGUGGGUAAAUGUUUAAGUAUAUAAGGGUAGCAGAACUCUGCGCUAUACAACGAUAAACGUAAAUAGGUGUAUGAAGCGAUGCAAAGUGGAUAGUGUACAUGAAAUUGAAUAACAAUUCUCAGAGGAGUCAAUUUAAAAUAUGGCCACAAUUCUUCGAACCUAGUGUAUGUGAAUGUGAAAAAGACUCCAUUUUCCGCGCUUAGCCUCUCAUUUGGGCCGUUGUGCGUAUGAGUCGUGGCUAGUGCAGCCAACCUAGCUUCGCCGAGAAGCGCAGAAGCUUCCUGGGUUCUUCACAGGCCUCACGGAGCGACCUCACCGUUCCGUGGAUUUCUAAACGUUGAUGGGCCACAGCGAACCUGGUGUAACCGAAAUGGGUUUUACACACCGAACCGAAAUUGGUUCCGAAGUAUUCUUCCUUCUUUAUUCUUAUUUCUUUCCUUCCUUUGGAAGUAUAUUUUUUAAAUGACUCUUUCUGCUAAAUAAUGUUUUCCACUCCGAUAAUAUGUUAGAAAAGCAAUUUAUAUUUUCUUUUAUUCUAUUGAUUAAACGUGAAAUGGUAACAUAGCUUGUGCCGUUUGUUUACGCUAGCAGAGUGAAGGGGGACAGGUGACAGUGAGGUGAGAUCAGUUGGCUCGUUGUAGGUGUCGCCCUGACAGGAUAUUUUGUCAUCAUUAGUGCCGCUUGUUCUCGCUACUCACGAUACUAGCCAACAACCUAUAUUUUAUUAAAGAGAAUAAAAAGAAUUAGCAAAGAAUUAUAUAUUGUAUGUAACAAUCAACACCCAUAUAUGAACAUCUAGUUACCAUAGCGACCUAAACACAGAUAUAUAACUACACUGAUUUAAGAUCACUAAACAUUCCACAUACUGGAAGUGCUUCCAUAACAUAUUUGGAACAGCUUCUUGGCCUUUACACGAAGGUCAAAGUGAUCUAUGUUUUUAUUUUCUUCCUUGAUAAAUGUUACUCGAUUUCAUUAACAUUAUCACUGGGUUUUUAGUUGAUAUACCUAUUACGGUUAAUCGUGUGUAUUCAGCAGAUUAUGCACUUUAAUGAGAGAAUAAUAUUGUAUUUUUGAUUAAAGUAACUUUAUAAUUAAGAUAUGAUUGCAUGAGCGUGAACAUUGUAUGUUGUAUGCUCAUACACCAUGAAGUGUCUUUUGUUACACCAAUUAGUAUGUUAGAAAUAAAACUAUUUCGUUUCUCCAUGUGACACAUUGACAGGGAACUUUGUCCAUCGAAUGUCUAACGACUUCUCUUUUUGAAUUAUUUAAAAAAUCAUAAAAUGCUAAAGGAAUUAAAAAUAUGUAAAAACAAAAAAAAAUAUUGUAUUUUGUUAUUCUAUUUUUUUUUUAUGACUGAUUAUUAAAAGAUCUUAAAUCGAAUUUAGAAGAAGUUUAUUUUAUAUAUUCACAACUGAAUAGACAGCAAAAUUUGUUUAUUCCUCCUCAAUCGAUUAGGGAUGUACUUGGUUACACAGAGUCGUUUAAUUUCAAUGACCACUAGUAUGAACUACAAAACCCAGCUUCUUUAGUAGUUUAUUACAAAUAUUGAUAUAACUAAAUAUGAAUGAGUGAAUAAAGAAGAAUUGGUACUUCUACAGGAAUUUAUUUCCACUAUACAUUUUAAAUAACUCGGAUGCAUUCAGUUGUACAUUUAUUUCCAUGCUAGUGUUGCCACCAGCGAAAUAGUUUUUUUUUUUUUUCGUAGAACUGAAUUCAUCGGUUUCAUUUUAAUCUUUGUAUUCUAUCUUAUUUCAAAUAGAUACUAAAUGACUGAAUAAUAUUAACAAUAACUAUAUGCAAAGGACUUCUAUAUUUUAUUAUGAAUACUUUUGUUAUAAGUGAUCAUAAAGAUCGACCAUUGAAUGGUUGCAUUUUCUAUUAAAGAUAUAUAUAUUGAACAAUUCUCGCAAUUUAUUUACAAGACCUUUAGUUGUGGUUCUUAAAAUUGUCCAAUUAUAAUUGACUACAUUUUACCUUUUGAUUAUAAUGAAAAAAAAAGUAACCUAUAUCUACGAGUAGUUGCGUAAAAAAUAUCUUAUUAUUUCCUAAAUUCAAUGAUAUCGAAUAAUACAAAAACCGUUAAAGCGCCAAGAGGCAAUAAACAAACUAACUUUCAUGUCUACAAUAUUAGUAAAGAUAUACGAAUUAGAAUCGCGAACAAGCAGAAGUCCCUUAUGGAUAACUAUUGCUUAUACUUAAACAACAUUACAGAUUAAUCCUUUUAUUGAUAAAAACGUCACACGUGUCGUGAACCUAUUUUAGUUAUUGUUUUGUCUUUGGAACUAUAUUCUCAAUUUGAAAGAGAGUGGAAAACAAUUAAAUAGUUAAAAUAGGUUUAUGGCCGUUUUUAGUUUUUACGAAUAAAGAGGUAACUCUGUAUUGUCUAUGGUAGCCUAGACCUUUAAUACGGGGCCCAUUAAUUCGACGUCCAAUAAUUAUUCAUUAUUUACAUUAUAACUUCAAAUUGAAACAGCAGCGUGGGCGGAACAACUGUGGAUCGUAGGCACCCAAGCAGGCCACUUCGUAAGUCUCCCUCUGGUUUCCGCUUCGGGUAAAUUCCUAUCUGAUAACAUCUAGACAUAGCAAUGAUAUUAAAUAUUCUAAACUAGCCGCAGCCUGCGACUGUCUGUGUGAAAUGAUGUAAGAACUUUCCUACAAAUCAACUUAGUAUAUUUUUGUAUUAAAUUUCAUUCAAAUCCAUUCCGCCGCUUAAGUGUGAUUGAGUGACAAACUCAAUUCUCGUUGAUAGUUAUUUAAAGUUAAAAUUUAUUAAAACUAUAAAUAAUUAUAGCAUUUUGAUUAACCUCUUAUUCAUAAAAGCAUCAGACGCCUUAUAAACCUAUUUUAGAUAACUAAACUGUUUUGUCUCUUAUAAGUUCCAAAUUUGAAACGAAGUGAAAAAGCAGUUUUACUUUUUAUAAAUAAGGGCUUCGUAUUUAUAAAAACACCAAACGUGUCACAAAUCUAUAUUCGUUAUUCAACUGUUUGGUCCAUUUCUUUUGAGUUAAAUUCUAAAUUUGAAAGCAAGUGACAAAACAGUGUAAUAGAUAAAAUAGAUUAGUACAAAGUUUUAUUUUUUAUGAAUAUGGGCCUACUUAUCAUAAAAACAUCAAACGUUUCACGAAUCUAUUAUUAUUUUAGUUGUACAACUAUUUUGUCUACUUUCCUUUGACUUAAAUUCCAAAUUUGAAAUAAAGUGACAAGACAGUGUAAUAGAUAAAAUAGAUUUGUACAAGGUUUUAGUUUUUAUGAAUAAAGGGGUGUUAGUCUUUUAUUAUUAUUGGACAUUUUUAGAAUAAAUACGGCAUGUCAUGUAAACAAAUUUGCGAAUAAAAACAAUGGAUCUAUUUGAUUUUGCUUAAGAACCGUCACUUGCGAAUAAAGUUCACAACGGAUAUAGUGUUUAACAUAUUCCCCAAUCCAUUAAAAACUAGCUUUUUUUUUUUUUAAAUAUCGUUCGAUUGUCUAUAGCCCUUAUAAUAUCUUAUCCUUAUUACCAAUUAUUUAUGGUCGACGUAAUCUGUUUUUCUCUCCCAUUCAUCUCUAUUUGUAGUCAUUUCAGCAUUCACUGCCAUUCUCAUAUCGUCCUUACCAGGUCCAUUCAUAUAUUAACUUAAUAUAUUAAUGGUAUACAAAUCUAUGGAUUUGUCUUACUAUUAUACUUAUAUAUAUUUAGUGUUAUCAACCUUUGAGGGGAAUGUUUUUUUUUUUUCAUAAUAAACAUUUCCACCUAAGAAUCAUGGGUUGAAAAACAACUAAAAAAUUAAGAAAAAAACAAACUAAUAUAACAAGUUCAGCUGUGAAGUAACUCCCUUGUUUAUAAAAAAAUCCAACCUCUUAUAAACCUUUUUUAUCUAUUGAACUGUUUUGUCUCGUUCUUUUGUAUUAUAUUAUAAAUUUGUUAAUAGGUUUCAGUUUUUAUGAAUUAGUGAGUUAGUAUAGGUGACUUGAAAAUUUGACGUUUUUUAAUCAUCGAUUCAUUAAAUUUCUGUCUCAGUGAGGCCAAUUCAGAGGUGCCAUUCCUAAAUCUAAAAUUUCAAUUUGGUAUCACAGUGAAAUGUUUAUUGUAAGAACUAAUAUGAGAUAAUAUUCUAAUAGUUUUAAGUCAAAAUUAAUAUUUUAUAACUUUAAUUUAUAAUGACCCAUAAAAUAGUUAUUUUGCAAAAUGAUCAAAUUAAAUAUUAAGUUAUGAGAUAGGUUAAGGGAAAUAGCUCCUCUGAAUCGACCCCAUAAACAUAUUUGCAAACUACUGUUUUAUAGACCAAAAUAAACUAAAAUUAUAAUGAUUUUGACUUAUAACCAUUAGCAUGGGCAGAUUUUUAAUUUCACAUUAAGCUAUCUCGAUCCUGUAGGUCUAUCUAUAGAUUUGUAUUAUUUUCAUUAAAAAAAAAAUCGUCUUAUUCCAAUCAAGACAAUCUUUUGUUUAGAUAAACAGUUAAGGCCCUUUAAGUGAGACGCCUAAACAUGUAUAUUUAGCCCUCGUUUAUGGCAAGUUUAAUUUCUUCUUUUUGUUUUUGCUCAUAUCGGUUUUUUUUUUGUUACAUUUCGGUACAGUGGUUACGUUUUAAAGCUAUGCCUAUACGAUAUAUACUAAAUGUUUUAUAUGAAUUUUAAACUGACUGCCUAAUCACUGAUCAGUUAGUACCCUCUAAUCUACUGUCUACUGCUCAGUUAAAAAUAAUAUAAUUCAUUUAAUACGUGAUAAUUCCACAUACAUUAUUUGUUUAUUUGUGUUAUCUUAAUAGAGUGUAUAGUAUUGAUAAUCGACGACAAAUAACACGAAUAUUGGGUUGGGCCAUUUAUUAGUAAACAUAAUUAGAAACAUUGAGCAAUAUUCGAGAGUACAACAUUACGAAAUUAAUUUUUAUAUGAGAAAAUUUUUGAUGUAAUAUUGUAGAUUUAUUAUAUUUUUAAAAUUCACGACGCUGUGUAAUUCUGACAGCAUAAAUUAAUAAGCGUAUAGGAAAAUAUUCUUUCUGAUGAUUUUCAUAUUCUUCAAACGUCAAAGUUCAAAGAUAGAGUCUUCUUUUGUUCAAUUGUAAUCGCCAGGCUUCGAUUUAGCUAUUUUGCCGCUUCGGGCAAACAAUACUUGCCGCCCUUGACAAUGUCGCUUUAUAAAAAUAUUAUACAUAAUUAACAAGUUAAAAUCUUAUUACAAGGAUAACUAGUGAUGCGAAAACGCGCGGGAUAGGCAGAGUGACAACAGUCGCCCUCGAAUUUUGCCGCUCUAGGCAAUUGUCCGAUUUGCAAUUAUUGUCAUUGUAAAUAAAUUAUUAAAUUGCAAGGGAGGAAUACGGAUUUCUGUAGCGUUAAAGAUUUAAUUUCAUUUUGACAGAGUUUGCCAGUUUAUUGCGGUAAUUUUUUUUAUUAAAUAAUAAACAUCGUUGGUGACGGCUCUUAAUUAUUUUUACAACGAUAGUUUUUUUUUUCAUUUAACACAAAAAUAUUGUGUAAAAGUCACAAGGCAUAAAUGUACAUAGAUAGAUUUUUUAAUAUGAUUUGCCCAUUUUUGACCUUUUUUUUAUUUAAUGUCUACAAUAGACGACCACCGAUAUUUAAAUAUGUUUGUCUGUCUUUUAGUUACUACGUAAAAAUAUGUGUUAUUCAGUCCUUCAAAUAAAAAAAAUAAUAUGAAUCAAAUGAGAUUGUCAAAAAGGUUUAUAGCUCUUUUUUCGUGUUGUUUAUAUAAAUAUAUAUUUUUAAACAAUACUGCUCUCGUUUAAAAGAAGUACAAACAUUUGGCUGUCAACUGUCAAAUCACCUAUCAACUGUCAAGACAGCUGUCACUGUCAAGACUGCCAUCAACUGUCACCUUAUAUGGAUUUUUAUUAGCGAUAUUCAUUCUUCUACGUACAUUUGGAAUAUCUUUAUUAUUAAAAUAAAAGAUCUCGAAUUGUAUAUAAAGGUCAAUACAUUAUUAGUAAUAAGAAAUUGCAAUAUAGAAAUACCUACACGUUGGUUAGUUAAAUCCACUAUGGUAGAUGGCGCCUGCGUCGAUUUUCAAUUUUUUUGAGAUCGGUGCAAUAUGUUUUCCGCUUCUACAUAUUUCUAUAACAUCUUUUCACUCCAAAAAGUAUGUUGAAUAUUACCCCUUGUUCACGCAUAUACUAUAUCAGCCAUUAAGUGUCCACCGAUGAACAUAGGUCUUUCCCUAUUGGGGGAGGAUUUGCCAUGUUUGGCAGGCGGUUGGCAACCGCAGUUAGAUUCUGGUGAUGUUUCAAAAAGGAUGGUACUGCCUAUACCUCGUUAAAUUCCCUUAAUAAUUUCUUACGACACCCAUGGGAAAAGAAGGGAUGGCCCAUUCUAUGCCGUUACCACGUGACAUCCGCGCAUAUGCUAUUUAUCAAAUGUAUGCACUUUUAAACUGAGAGCAGUUCACACAUCCAUUACAACAGCACUAUUUCCAGACAAGCGGCUCGCCAUUUGAAUUUGGCCUUUAUAUCUUGUGUAGUAUAAUACAAUUUGCAAUGACAAGAUAUAACAAACAAAGAGAGCGGUUGCCUCAUUCAUGACAAAUUUCUCGUAGCAAUCCGAAAUGUUAAUUAAAGCUCCUAUCCUCUUAUACAUCGAAAUUGCUCAUCGAUAAGACCUCUUGAACUAUACUUGAACAAUUCAUAUAAUAUUGGUGCAAUAAAAUAUUAAAUAAAUAAACCUUCUAUAAUUAGGCUUUGGGUGAAUAACAGCACUGUAAUUAUUGAUUUGAUUACAGGAUAAUUACUAUGUCGGUUAUUUAUUUCAACUUACAAAUUUAGUAUAAAAAUUUUGUUUUCUUUGUUCCAUCCCAUCCAAUUCUAUAUUUAUAUAAUUUUAUAGAAAAAAAAUUCUGUAUAAGACAAAAAAAUUUUUUUUUCUUUUAAUGUAACAUUAAAGUGUUAAGCCACAUUUUUUAAAUAGAUACCUUAAUACAAAAUAAAAAAAAAUAAAACAUUUAAUAUCUAAAUUAAAUUUAUUAGAUUCACAGAAAAUUGAAUAAGAAGGUAAAUUCAAAUGGCAUGCGCUUACUGUAUCGGAACGUUGCUGUUGUUACGUGUGAUAAUAGUUCCAAUAAUUUAUUAUCAAAAUAAUUAAAAAACGAUACCGCUGACGUAGUACGUCAGUGAUCGCCACUUAUAUAAAAAUUAAAUCAUAACCGUCAUACAUAAAUUAAUAAAACAUGAGCUUAAACUCAUUGUAGAUGAAUUUCUAGUAUGUAAAUCGUAAUAAGUGCGUAAUUACGACUUAAUGCAUGCAUAGGAUUGAGAGAAAAAAGAAAAUACAAAAAAAAAAAUUGGCCGUCAUUCAAAGGUCAUAAAUAAUUUUAAACGAUUAAAAAAUAAAACUGUAAUACUCUCACUUUAUAGUCACGUGUUCGUAUUAAAUAUUUUAUACAAAAAAUCAUUAGAUAAAAAUCAAUUAAUUUUAUUAUCAAUUUUGAUAUAUAUUCGUGGUUAUGAAUGUACUGAAGUCAAUUAUUCUUGUCUUUUUACAAACCACAAUUUUAUUUUUUUAUUUUCUAUGAUUUUUUGUGCAUAGCAAACGAAAUAAUCGUUCAUAUUUUGACUUUUUUUUUUAAUAUUAGUUAAUUAUGAAAAUAAAAUAAUUAAAUAAAAGUAAUCAAUAUCAUUUAAAAAUGGGCCAAUAUUAUUUAAAACCUGUGUCUGACCAUAGUCGAAAAAUAUUAACCUAAAUAGAUGCCUCAACUACAUAUAUGUUGCUUUAUUUUGGGUAUAAUCGUGCCUAGUUAAUUAUGGCUAAAUUUCGUUUCGUGACCCUUAUAAUUAUGAGAUGUGUGUUGAAAAAAGUUCAUAGAAUUGACAAGCCUCCGUUAGAAAUAAUGUUUUCGAAAUAUUUUUUUUUUUUAUCAAAAACUAAAUAUCAUAUCAAAUAAUUUUGCAGUGAGUUAAUUCUUUUUUUUAUAUAAUGGAACUAUGGUACAUGUGGCAUCUAUAUAUGUCUGCGCAUAGACAAGAAAUUGUCAGAAAUAACCGAUUCCCGCCAUUUUUUCUGUCAAAUAAUUAUUUUCUUCGAUAACUCAUUAUGUAUGCGUUAGGCCGUAUUGAAUAUAUAGUUCGUAUAGAUAAUUUAGUGUAUAUUGUUUGAAGUUAGGUUAACUAUGUCUUAACAUCAGAGUUGUGAUCGAAAUUAUGAAAUGCAUUAAAAUGUGCAAGGGUAACGCAUUUGUAUAGGCUUUAACUCGUGUCAAGAAUACCAACUAGGUAGAGUUUAAAUUAAAAAGUUAUGUAUAAAAUUUAAACAGACUCGAUUAUAAAGAUUAAUAUAGAGCAAAUCGAUGUCAUCAGGGUCGAUUCUGAGGCGCAUUUCUUUAAAUUUUCAUUUCUUAACUUAUUAAUUAGGGAAGGGGAAAAGUAUUAUAAGUAAUGGGGUUUGACAGCCCUAUUGCUAACAAUAUACCUUAUCAGGUCGACCUCCACGUGGUUCCUACUGGAAACCAUCGCGGCUAAUUCUUGUUGAAUUUGUCACGAUGGGCUUAACUGACCUGCUUCAUCUUCACCUAUCAUCACUCACUGGUGUCCCGCCGGUGUAUACCGAUAGCGCAUGCGGGGUUACCAUUCCAUUAUCAUCCAUUAAAAAAAAACUAUUAAUUAGAUCGUUUAACAAAAUUAUUGUUUUGUGGACUAUCAUAAAUUAAAUUUAUAAUAUUUUUUACUUAAAUCUAUUAGAAAAUUAGUCCAUAUUGACCCUCAAAAUAAAGGUUUCGUUGUAAUUUUAAAUUGAAAUAUUAAUAUUAGAGAUAGGUUUAAAGAAAUAGCACCUGAGAGUCAACCCUAUUUAUCAUGUUUCUUAAUGGAAAUUGUCUAUCAGGAAAACAAAUUUUUUUUUGGUCGACAACGACAAAAAUUUUAUGUUAGUUGACAAAUGUAUGCGUCAUGUUAGUACAGCAAGCAUAAAAUAUAUAGACGCUUAUUGUCCAAAAUAUUUUUAGAAAAAUUUAUUAGUUUAGCUGAUAAUUCCUUGAUUAUGAUAUUGACAAUUUCACUCUAUAUACCUAAAGUGCAUAAAGAUCUAAAAGUUUAGUCAGACUGCAAACUUAAAUUUGAAGUUGCAGCAAAGUAUCAAAAAUUAUCUCGGCCGUUUUUGGCGUUGCCACCUGUAAUCUAGUUGGUAUUACUGAUCGAUGCUCGAAUAGGAUAUACCUUCAUUUGUUUUUCACCCAUGGAACAACGACUUCAUGGACACGCUGUCUUUAAUAUUUAAAGCGUACAUUCUAAUCGUAAAUUGCAUAACUUCGUUUGAAGCAAAAGGUGCUAACCGCGUUGACCACAACACGUUUGUAGUCGUAACAGACAUUAGGUUAGAUAAUUAUUCGGGUUGCGAUAAAAAAAAAAUUGAACGGCAGUUUAUUAAUUUCAGGUUUAAAUCGGAGGGAAACCCUCCUACCGAACCACGUGAAGACUGAGAAGAUUAGGUAAAACUUAGAACAAUUAUUGUAUUAUGAACAAUUGGACAUAUCUUGGUUAGUGGUGAUUAGCUUUGAGGAGGGUGCGGUUGGCCUGAUAAAGCGUUAUUCACACAGCUCCGGGUACGGGUAUGUCAGUCAUCAGUCAGCAGGGGCGGGGAGAGAUUGUUAGUGUACUUCUUUCUUCGUGGGCGUUCGUUGUUUCAAAUCAUACUUUAAUGUAUAUUAUAUAUUAUAUAUAUUUGCAACUCCUGAUUUUAUAUGAAAUGUUUUGUUAUAACUAUCCAUAUGAUCUAUAUAUGGUAUAAAUAUGGUUACAUAUUUAAAAUGAAUGUAAGACUGAUAUUAACAAUAAUGCGCAAUUCUUUUGUAUUAAACAAGGGUACAAUAAAACGCGGGUAACGUUACACAUGUGUAACGAAUGGCUUAUCCCUGAUCCGGCCAUAUACAUGGCCCUGGUGGCCUGACGUAUGGAUCCUGGAACCUGUAACGCUGUGUGAAUAGAGCUUUGUGUAGUAGACGCGUGCGCGACCAAUCCCUGCAGCCCGCGUGUUAGUCCCUGUCCGACAGUCCGGCUUCCGUCCUAUCGCUGACGCUGUGUCAAAUUUUUCGAUGAUCUUUACAAAUGGUUUUUUAUAAUUCUGAACAUCACGCGAACUGUCCCUUACGGUAGCCAAAGAUAUAUGUCAUCCUAUUUGAUAAGUCGCCGAGGCUUCGGACGUAACUGUUGAAUGGUAAUGUUUAGACUGUGACCCAUUCAUUGUGUAUGAUGCUUUGUUGUUUUUAUGUCGUUCGUGCACUAGUAUUAUAUAGUUGUUUUACUUGUCUUGACCACGGUUAGUGAUUUAUUCAUACAGGUUGAAAUCGAAAUCUUCCUGUCCUUUUUAAGGUGUCUUCCACUAAUAUUACUGAACAUUUUUUCUUUCCAAUUGAACAUGUAAAUGGAAAAACAACAAAAUAUAUUUCCAUUACCAUAUUAAUUUGACAACACGACGUGUUGAAUUAGUAUGAAAGGCUCAAUGUUAUUGUUUUUUUCUAUCCAUUUUCUUUUUUUGGUUAAAAAAUAUUCAGUUUAUUGGUAGAACCCUUAUUUAAAAGGAUACUAAUGACUUAUACCAUUAUUUAUAAAAAAAAAACUAUUAAAUCUCACAUAAAUCUAUUUUAGCUAUUCAACAAUUUUGUCUCUUUCUUUUGCGCUAAAUUCUCAACUUGAAUGAAAGUGACAAAAUAGUGUUUUAGUUAAAAAAGAUUUGUUGAAAAUUUUAAUUUUUAUUAAUAAUGGAGGUUAGAUUUCACUCUGUAUUAAUUAUAAUAAAAAUAUGUAACGUUUAUUUAAAAAGAAAUAGUAUCUAAUAGGGUAUUUGUCUAUGGAAUAGUUUAAAUCUGUGUGUUGUGAUUUCUGUACUAUAUGGAAGCUGCAUUUUUAUUAGUCUAUAGUUUCUUUACAUUAAUAUAAAGUCCUUGAAUGCAAUAUAUACUAGUUAUACUAUAUCUAUAGGUACAAUAGCGGAUCCGUUGAAUGAUCAACGGUUCAGUUAUCGAGUGUAUCAAUUUUGGGAAUUAAAUUCUUCGAAGUUGUUAUCUGGCGUUAUAACAGAUCUCAUUAUGUCUCGCGUUUCAUAUUUCUUACUGUCUGCAUAUUGUAUGAGUGAGACCAAAUUAAACCUUAUGUCAAUUGCAUUGAUUACGUUUUAAUUCAUCCCUGAACGUAGUUUGUUAGGUUGUGCUUUGGUUACUCUGUGCUCCACGUGACAGUUGUUUUUUUUUUUUUUUGUUUACUCAGAAUUUAUUACUAUUUAAAAUGGUUGUCUGGUGUUUAUUUUAGUUUCUAAAUAAUAGAAAAUUUAUACAAUUAUAUUUGUUUAAAGACUUUUCUUUGUUACUUUGUUAUGAAUUAAUAUAAUAUCUUAAUAAGUUAGAUAUUGCCUGAACAUGCCAGUUUCCCAUCGAUUAAUAAGUGACCUCACUCGCUAAAUAUUACCAUCUCAACAGUUAAAUAUCUUUUUAUAUUCAAUUAUAUAUAUAUAUAUAUAUAUAUAUAUAUAUAUAUAUAUAUAUAUAUAUAUAUAUAUAUAUAUAUAUAUAUAUAUAUAUAUAUAUAUAUAUAUAUAUAUAUAUCGUAUCUAUAUAUUAUAUACCUUAUACAGUACAUAUAAGGUGUAUAUUUGUAUACAUUGCACGUUAAUAUUGCCAGCUAUCCUCGACACCCUAUAACCAGAAAUGAAUACUAACAUUUACACGUCAUAAUACAUUUACAACGAAACCAUUAAAAAUAUAUUAAUCUUAAUAUCUAAUUAUACCUACUUAAUCCUAAAUAUUUAUUACUGACGCGUAGCUACGCAUCUAUGCAACAUUUGUAUGUGCUGUGUUGUAUUAAAUUUUAUAUAUGAAUUUUUAUACAACCAAUGAAUAACUACUAAUUUACCUUGACACUUAGAUAUAAUGAUUUUGCACGAAAUUAUGUCGUAGUUGAAGGAUACCCUUAACCACGGAUAGACGGGUCGAAAAUGCGCCGAGCGGGACCGGACCGACCCCUUAACAUUGCUUAAUUAUGGUACUCCACGGACGAGAGAAAAUAAGAAUCCGCCGCGCCUCUUAUGGGCUACAAAAUUUAAUUGAUAUGUGCACCGAAUGUGAAUAGGUGACUUUGCAAUUUUUGGCCAUUUUGCAUCCUAAAAAUUGUAUAGCGUAUAGGGUAUAGGGGGAGCAAAGAGCAAAUCUCACACAUAAUACGCGUCCUCGUAGAUAAGCCACGUUGUUAGAAAACAUACAAAUCUAUUUUUAACUAUUACAUUGUUGGUCACUUUCUUUCAAAUUGGUAAUUUAAAUAAAAAGAAAGAGACAAAACAUAAUAAUAGUUAAAAUAGGUUUAUGUGACGUUUGACAUUUUUAUUAAUAAGGAGAUUCUAAUAUAGAGAUCUCCAAACAGCCAGUUUACGGAUGAUAAUUCAAAAUUCAAAAGUGUUCGAUUCUAAGCCGCCAUGUCUCUAAACCUACCACUUAAUUUCGAAAACAAAUUAAAAUAAUAGGUAACUAUUUUAUGGAGCAUCAUAAAUGGCCGUAGCUACGGGAGAGGCAUCGAGGGGCAAUGUCCUACCUUAAAAUGAAAGGCGUCAAGAAAAUUAGAUAGAUUCGCUUUUUCGAAAUCACUUAAUUAUUAAGAGCUUCUGCCCUAUCAAAUACUUCUUUUGCCCUACCCUAAACGUGGGUUUAGCUACAGCCCUGCGCGGAAUUCUUUUUUCUCGGCCGUGGCAUAUCUGAGUGCAAACUUUUAUUAAUCUCUAAUCGAAUGAUUUCUAUCUACACUGAGAUUAUAAACAGGACGCGUAUAUAUUAUUUAAUAUAAAUAAUUAUUAAAAAAAAAUGAUUUAUUUUAUUAUUCAAAAUUUAAGAAAAUAUUCUUGAGCGUUUAGUCAAAAGAAUUACAUUAAGUUAAAUCUAAUGAUAAUAUAAUUGCCGGCCAGCCAGCUGCUAUAAAGCACAGUGUUGGAUCCCCAUGGUUAAACCUUCGAAACAAUUUGAUUUGUAGUCCACAUUUUUUUUUUCUUAGAGAACAUAUCUAUAGAGAUAUGUUUUACUUAUCAACUUUGUUCUACCAUAUAGAAUAGAUGUGCACUGUUAAAAAGUGCUCUAUGAUUUGUGUAAUACGGUUCAAAUUUGACAAUUAGCUUACUGAUUUGUGGCAACGUCGCAGUCACCUGUCAUUUUUAUAGAAACAAUUGAACAAUUUUGUUUUUUUUUCUCAUUGAUUAUUUAAAAAGGAAUCUGCUAGUGAAUUGAACCGCAAAUAGUACAAUACAUUUAAUGGAAUAUAUAAAUGGAAUUGUUGCAUAUAAAUCCAUCACCAGAGGGAGACUUUGUACAAAAGUCGUUUUGCUUGAGCACCUCUGUCCCAUUCGUGUUUCAACCGUAAAGCAGUUUUGUUUGCAUGGCUGUGUUUCGGUUUGAAGGGUGCGAGAUGGCAGUGAAUUUACAGGGUACAGAGGAAUAACACCUGAGUCCUCAGGAAUGGCAACGCAUGGGGGGUGUCAUGGGCGAAACAAUAUACUCUGUUAUGUCCAUGGUACUGCUCAUGUCUAUAGGCGACUGUUACCACUUUCCAUCAGGUGGGCCGUUAGCUUGUUUGCCAUUCUAAGUUGCAUAAAAAAGAAAAAACCUUGCAUCUACUAUUUGGUAACUAUUAGUACUAUUUCGCUUUAAUUUUUUUUUAAUAUACAUAUAUUUGCAGUCACAAUCCAAAUUUCAGUGACAGUUUAAUAUUUUUUUUUUAUACCACUGAGGUGGCAAACAAGCAUACGGCCCACCUGAUGGUAAGCGGUUACCGUAGCCUAUGAACGCCUGCAAUACCAGAGGUAUUACGCGCGCGUUGCCGACCCUGAAGAAACCUCUUUACCCCCUUUUGAAGAACCCCAUGCUGUAGUCUCUCGGGAAAACCUCGGCAGGGAGGUAUAUACAAUAUUACUGUAUGACUGACGUUUUAAUUCAUUAACAGAGCACUUUUUAAAUAAUCAAUCGGAAACAUUAAAAAAUGUUGCAUUCUUUUUUUUAAAUAAACAGAUAAAAGCGACGUUGCCGUGCUUCGGCAAGCUGCAAUAUAAAUGCUCUUAACCACCCGGGUCGCUUGCAGGCGCAAUAUGACGCAAUUAAUAUUCCAUAUUUACCUAUUAGAUAUUAUUGACAUGUACAUAAAUGUGAACUAAAUAUGUAUGCCGUAAGUUCUAGAAUAUAUGUUAGUGUUUAAAUUAGUUAAUUGAAUUAUUAAUAUUUUUCUAUGAAUACCUUUAUUGGGGAAGCUUUUUUUUUAUGUAAUAAAUAUUAUAAUAGCUGAGUAUACGAAGAGUUACAAUAAGUUUUUGGUGGCAUGUGUAUAUUUUUAGAGUUAUUGUAAAAGGCAAGAGUUACAGAAGUAUGAGUAUUUGAAAUAUUUUUUUUUUUUUUGGUAUUUUUAAUAAUUUUUCUUCGUAUCAAAACGGAAACUUAUUGUAUUUUUUUUUAACAAAUCCGAAAUGGAGUUUUUUUGUUUUUUUUUGCUGUUUCAUGCUAAAAGGUUUCAGGGGAAAAGGCAUGGUACUUAGUCCUCGAGAGUUGUAAGGCAUAGUGACAUACUCGCCUGUAAUUCUAUGGAUACCCAUAGACGAUUCGUGUCUAUAAACGAUGGUUUCUACUUUCCAAGAGGACUACAGCUUCAAUGCUAGAGCCGUACAAAACAAAAAAUAUUUACUCAUAUUUUGGUAACUUUUGCAUUAAAAAUUGACAUUUAUCAAUCAAUACAUAAUACAUCAUAACACCAUGUUGAAAUUAAUUUCGCUGUAGUUGUUAACUUAUAUAAUACAUAGAUGAAACAUGAAAAUAGAAUACGCUCUUAGCUUUUUGAAUAUUUUACUGUGGAAAUAAUUUUAAUAUUUAGACAAUAUAUAUCUAAUAGUAUUUGGUUUAGAUACUGCAAAUUAAAAUGUUGCUCAUAGGCAUAUUUUUUUUUAUCUGUAUGUUAUAUAUAAGGUAGCACAGGCCAGUUAUGGUUGUGGCGAUAGAUUUUCUUUGCCCUUUUUUGGUAUUGGCACGAUAUCUUUUCUGAUUAUAAUUUAUAAUUAGAACUAUGUUGACCAGCAUUUUUAAAUAGAACCCGCUGACCUUUAAAUCUUCGGUAGUUUUUUUUUUUUUUUUUUUACUGGGUAUCGGCGUAUUUUAAACCAUACAAAUUCUUGCAGUUUGAUGUGCAGAGUUUUAAUUAAACUUGGAACUGUUUGCCCACUAAAAUCUAUUGAUUGUUUAUAGUCCAACUUAAACUGUAGUAUAUAACUAUUUAACGAGACCAAUUCAUAAUAUCUGGUUAUCGAAUAAAAAUGUCAAAACAUAUUUUGAUAAAAUUCUCACCACGAUUAAACUAAACCUAUUAAUGAUUUAUGACUUAGUAAAAUUUGGACAUUUCUUAUAUGUAUUAAAAUUUUAGCUCGCACAAGCAUUCGGGCACUUGAGGCAAUGCAUUGACGUUUGUUACCAUCGCAAUUGCUGCACGAUAUACGAAUUAGGUGUAUACAAUUAAUCGUGGAAUCGUGAACAUUUAUCGCCCCUCAUCAGACAAGUGAUAAAUUGAUCAAUAAACCCGUUAUAGCUAGCGAGUCUAUAAGAUAGAAUGAGACAGCGACCUCUGGCGUCUUGUUCUUUCUCAUGCGAGCGCUGACCGUAACGAUUCUGUGCAUAAAUUAAUUUGCCUUAUGUCUUUAAGUCUAUGGUUAUAAAUAUGACCGUUCGAAAAAAGAACAUUCCGUGCUUGGUACAUACGCUCAUUUUUUUUUAAGAUAGUUUUACGGUUUUGGAUGAGCAUUUAGCAGUGUUGCCUGAUUACUAAAUUGACGACAUUCAACUAGAAUAAAUGUCAGAUGACUGUAAUUCAGUAGUUGAUUAAAAUUUUAAUUAAUUAUAAUUAAAUUUUUAUUUCCGAUUAUAAAGUUGAUUGUUAGAUUUUUGUGACUCCAAUUGUACUAUCGAUCCGCCAAUAAUCAACGAUUAUUAGGCAAUACCAUUGUUCAGACAUCUAUUUAUGUAGGGAAGACAGUCAAGGAAUACGGCUUUUUUAUUUUUUAUAUACGAUAUUUUUUUAAGAGUGAGUAUAUCCAUUGGGCAUAGAUAAUUUUCAUGUCAACUGUGCUAAUAUAAGGUAACCUAUUUCAAUGUUAAUGACAUUUUGUCGUUAUUAAAACGAAACUUUAUUUUAAUGUUAUUAAGUUGAUUAUUGGAUGGAAAAAAUAAUUUGCACAUCACAUAACAGAUUAUUGGAUGCAGAAUUAAAAAUUUUAUUAUCUGUAUACAAAAUAUUUUCCUUGAUUAUAAGGCUUUUUUUACAUCUUGCCAGAUUUAUAUUUAGUAUAGUUUUAACCAUCGACAAUAAAUAUUUGUUUCUAUUGUACAUUCCCCAGUAAAGGUAAUACACAUGCGUCCAGGUAGUAAGGUCCAUGUGACAGGGGAUUAUUAGACUAUGAUGUAAUAUAGGAUCAUAUCUUUUAUCAUAUAUACAUACAAUAUAUAUGAACGUUUUCUUUAGUCAAUAAUAAAAGGAGUCACACAAAUAUAUGACGGGCACGAGGUAUGAUCCUAUAAGUAUGAUGCUAUAGCUAUCCCAAUAGGUACACAAGAUAUAUAAAUACAUAUAAUAAUAAAUGUAUUCGUCGUAUAGACAGUAUUAUACGUAACAAAUGUUUUGUGUAUUACAUAUUUAGAAAUGGUAUACUUUUGUUUCAAUAGUCCGAACGUCGGAAUUGUUUCCGUGUCUGUUAUCAAUUAUAUCCCAACUGCAAUACUGUUUGUAAUAAUUAACUGAAAUUAUUUGAAUUAAGAAUGUGACAACGGAAUAUUGAUGACAUUGUGAGAUUAGUUUUGGUUUAGAAGAAAAUUUUUGGAAUCAUGUAAUUUGCCAGUUUUAUUAAAAUGAAUCGAUAAUA